AUUAUCUAUAAAUUCGAUGAUACAUGUAAGACGCUCCUGUUUUGACUCUUGAGAAGUAAUAAAGAAAACGAAAUCAAGUGGGAAGAGAGGAGGAGGAGCAUGCGAGCACGUUCGUUAGUUAGAGGGGAUAUGAGGAGAGCACAUCAUGUCCUUCCCUUAAAGCCACCGUCUUCACUCUUUUUUUUAAUUCACAUUUUACGUUUCCUUUGAACGUAAUUUCACCUUUACUGUUUUUAAAACCAAACCAAAGAAGGAAGCAGACAACAUCGAAUGGGCAAUUCCAAACGAUUGUUUGGCGUUGUACGGAGGAAACUUCUCAGGCGAUCUCACAGCAGAAUCACUAUCAUUCGUUCAUCAUCAUCAGCUCCAGAAACUACUCGACAAGAAGAUAUUGCCGCUGUUAAAAUCCAAGCUUUUUUCAGAGGUCACCUGGCAAGAAGAGCGUUUAGAGCAUUGAAGAGUCUUGUCAAGUUACAAGCGGUGGCGAGAGGAGUGCUUGUGAGGAGACAAGCUCGAAUAGCAUUACAUUGUAUGCAUGCUCUUGCUCGUUUGCAGGUUAGGGUUCGUGCUCGUCAGCUUCUCUCCCAUUGAUUCUCUUCUCUGCUUUUUGCCCUGUUUUUUUUCAAAAAACCUCUUGUGAUUGUGACAUUUAUACAUCAUUGUCCUUUCUACUUAAUUCACCGGUUUGUGACUUUGUUA